AUGGUUGAUUUGACAUCGUUUGAAAUCCCUCGAAAUUUAGAGGAAUUUCAAUUAUUUGUUCUACAAGUUUAUUUUAAUCUCAAGUUAUGGUUCUUCUCCACAUACUACCCCGACACAUACACUAGCACUGCAAGUUUUGAAACCAUAGCAUGGGGACUGGUUAGAUUACUUAGAGAUGUUUUUGUUGUUUCUUUUGUUUACUCCCAAUUAGUUAAACUUUAUAGAUAUAUUAGAGGUUAUGGAAUUUUUGAAUGUCUUAGACAAGUCUAUAAUAAUGUCAGUUCGUCAAUAUCAUCCAAAGUCAUGUCAUUGCCACCAAUCAAAGCUAAAAUUGACAAAGAAUUACAAUCAACAAUUUUAAAAAUGGAACAAGAAAUCAUGAAGAAUGAUGAUGAAUUGUUGCAAUUUCCAAAUAUACCAGAGGAUGGAAUUGCCAAGGAUGAAAUAUCACAAGAGUUGGACAAAUUGAAAACUUUAAAACAUUCCGAUUGGAUGAAUGGUCGAGUCAGUGGUGCCGUUUAUCAUGGAGGUGACGAAUUGUUAAAGUUACAAGUAGACGCAUAUGAUAAAUACUCUGUAGCAAAUCAAUUACAUCCAGAUGUGUUUCCAGGUGUUCGUAAAAUGGAAGCCGAAGUGGUGCAUAUGGUUUUGGAUAUUUUCAAUGCACCUUCUACAGGUUGUGGUGCCACAACUUCAGGUGGUACUGAAUCCUUGUUGUUAACUGGGUUAGCUGCUAGAGAGUAUGGAAGAAAAUACCGAGGUAUCACUCAACCUGAAGUGAUUGCCCCCGUUACUAUUCAUGCAGGUAUCGAAAAGGCAUGUUUUUAUUUUGGUAUGAAACUACAUAGAGUCGAUUUGGAUCCAGUUACCUAUCAGGUUGACGUGAAGAAAGUUGAAAGAUUAAUCAAUAGUAACACUGUAUUGUUGUGCGGCUCGGCACCAAACUACCCUCAUGGUAUCAUUGAUGAUUUCCAAGCAUUGUCUGAUUUGGCUGUUAAGUAUAACAUUCCGUUACAUGUAGAUGCAUGUUUGGGGUCUUUUAUUGUUUCGUUUUUAGAAAGAUCAAAAGUUCACAAGGAUAAGAAACUACCAUUGUUUGAUUUUAGAUUACCAGGGGUUACAUCAAUUUCAUGUGAUACUCACAAGUACGGUUUUGCACCAAAGGGCUCUUCAAUAAUUAUGUACCGAGAUCCUAAAUUACGUGAAUGUCAAUACUAUAUUUCAAGUGAUUGGACUGGUGGAAUGUAUGGUUCUCCAACAUUAGCAGGAUCUAGACCUGGUGCAUUAGUUGUGGGAUGUUGGGCUACAUUGAUUAAUAUUGGUAAGGAUGGAUACACUAAAUUCUGUUAUGAUAUUGUGCUGGCAGCGAUGAAACUUAAAAGUGCAAUUAAAGAGAAUCCAUCAUUAGCUAAAUAUUUAGAAAUCAUUGGUGAUCCAAUUGGAUCAGUUGUUGCUUUUAAAGUCCGUUUAGAUCAAGAAGAUCACUUGAGUAUUUAUGAAAUCAGUGAUUUAUUAAGUAAAAAAGGCUGGCAUUUUUCUACAUUACAAAAUCCUUCAGCAUUACAUUUUGCCAUUACCAGAUUAACUGUGCCAGUGAUUGACCAAUUGAUUGAAGAUUUGGCUGGAUGCACUGAAGAAGCUGUAAGAAUUGCUGAAGAGCAGAGGAAUGGCAAUAUCAAAAAGAAACAAAGUGACACUGCUGCUUUGUAUGGUAUUGCUGGUAGUGUUCAUACUGCUGGGCUAGCUGAUAGAUUAAUAGCAGCAUUCUUAGAUACUUUGUAUAAAAUUUAG